AACUCUGAAAUUUAGAACUCAGUGGAUAGGUUUAACAGCAGUUUGGAUAUAUCAAUAGCCAAGACGUGUGAACUAGAAGACAGAUCGAUAGAAAAUACCCACAUUGAAAUGGAGAGACCCAAGAAUCAGGGGAUGAAAACUGAUAAGAAUAUAAACCAUGAUGCUGGGUCGCGGUGGCAGCAGCAGGCAGCCCCUCCGCUCGUUUGGGGUCCCGGCAGCCGCGGUUCCGAGGAGCCCGAGAUGCGUGGCAAGGCAGCAGCGAGCUCUGGGUCAACUCACUAUCCUAAAAGUCCAUCCUCCCAAGAAGAAGGAACAGAAAGACCUCUUUGUAAGAAAGGCGCAGGUAUCCCAUGAACAAGACAGCAGAAAACCGACUGGAGUACAGCAGGACUCCAGAGCCAGAUAUAAUGCUCAGAAAAGGGCACCAACUUGAUGGUACAAGGAGAGGUGACCAUGACAUCCACCAAGGAGAUUUGGAGCCUCUUGAAGAGGCAUCUGUCCUUUCUUCCUAUCAUAAAAAAUGCUUGGAGGAACGUCGCUACGAUGAUGGAGCAUCUCAGGAGGAAGAGGGGUUUAUGGGCAUGUCCCCCCUCUUACAAGCCCACCACGCCAUGGAGAGAAUGGAAGAGUUUGUGUGUAAGGUCUGGGGAGGUCGGUGGCAAGUAAUGCCUCAUGAUGUGCUACCCGACUGGCUCAGGGAUAACAACUUCCUCUUGCAUGGACACCGGCCCCCUAUGCCUUCUUUCCGGGCCUGUUUUAAGAGCAUUUUCAGAAUACACACUGAGACAGGCAACAUCUGGCCACAUCUCUUAGGUUGUGUAUUCUUCCUGUGCCUGGGGUUCUUUUAUAUGUUUCGUCCAAACAUCUCCUUUGUGGCCCCCCUGCAAGAGAAGGUGGUCUUUGGAUUAUUCUUCUUGGGGACCAUUCUCUGCCUUUCUUUUUCGUGGCUGUUCCACACAGUCUGCUGCCACUCAGAAGGGGUCUCCCGUCUCUUCUCUAAACUGGAUUACUCUGGUAUUGCUCUUCUGAUGAUGGGAAGCUUUGUGCCUUGGUUUUAUUAUUCUUUCUACUGUAACGCACAACCGUGCUUCAUCUACUUGAUUGUCAUCUGUGUGCUGGGCAUCGCAGCCAUUAUCGUCUCCCAGUGGGACAUGUUCGCUACCCCGCAGUAUCGGGGGGUGAGAGCAGGCGUGUUCUUGGGCCUUGGCCUGAGUGGCAUCAUUCCCACCUUGCAUUAUGUCGUCUCGGAGGGCUUCCUGAAGGCCGCCACCAUAAGGCAGAUCGGCUGGUUGAUGCUGAUGGCCACCAGCCUGUAUAUCACAGGAGCAGCCCUGUACGCUGCCCGCAUCCCCGAGCACUUCUUUCCCGGCAAGUAUGACAUCUGGUUUCACUCCCAUCAGCUCUUCCACAUCUUCGUGGUGGCUGGCGCUUUCGUUCACUUCCACCGUGUCUCGAACCUCCAGGAGUUCCGCUUCAUGAUCGGCGGAGGCUGCAGUGAACAAGAUGCACUGUGAUACCUGCCGGUGGCC